CCUGAGGGCCUGAAUCUUGGUAGCACUGGGUAACGAAGUUGUCUUUCUUUUCGCGUCUAUUGCCUACGUUCUGCUGGGAGGUAAUUGAAAAUGGGGGCAUAUAAAUAUAUGCAAGAAUUGUACCGCAAGAAGCAGAGCGAUGUGCUUCGUUUCUUGUUGCGUAUCAGAUGCUGGCAGUAUCGCCAGAUGACCAAAAUGCACCGUGCACCCCGACCUUCCCGUCCCGACAAAGCCCGUCGUCUGGGAUACAAAGCCAAACAAGGUUUCGUAAUCUUCAGAAUCCGCGUACGUCGCGGUGGUCGUAAACGUCCAGUUCCCAAGGGUGCAACUUAUGGAAAACCCAAAAGUCAUGGAAUUAACCAACUAAAACCUACCAGAAAGUUGCAGUCGGUUGCAGAGGAACGAGUUGGUCAAUCUUGUAUUGCAAUUCAAAAUGACCCAAAGGUUAACUGGAUAGUUAAUGCCGUACAUAAACAUCGUGAAUUACGAGGCAAAACAUCUGUUGGAAAGAGUUCUCGUGGUCUGGGUAAGGGUCACAGAUUUUCGCAAACCGUUGGUGGUUCGCGAAAGGCAGCGUGGUUACGCAGAAAUUCAUUAUCUCUGCGCAGAAAGCGUUAAUAAAAUUUUUUUAUUUCAAAGUCUUUGUCUUUGUUACAUCUUGACUGGGACAUAAAACCAAAACCUCGCAAAAAAA